UCGACGCUACUCUCCGAGACCGCGGUCCUACGGUCUCGCGCCUGCGCUCCGAUUAUUAUUAUUAUUAUUAUUAUUAUUUAUUGUUAUUAUUACUAUUCUUACUGUUAUUAAUAGCAUACCGCCGUAUGCAAAGGCGCGGGCACGACGUCCUUUUAACCGGUCUGACGCGCGCAACGUCGCACAAACGCUCGCGCCGCAGCCACCGCCACGCUCGGCUACCGCACAUGCAUAACUGUACAUGUGUCGAGAGUAAACUCUGUCGGUAGGUAAACACUUCCAAGCACGAGCAGUGUACACACGUCGGCCGCACCAGACGCAACGUUUGACUCUUUCGCCGGGACAAGAAAAUACAUUUGAUAUAACAGGUUAAAGAUGGAGCAACAAUAUCCCGUUACUACAUCUUCUACAGCAAUGGACGAAACACUGUUCGAAUAUAAAGGUGGAUUAGCAGAUGAUUUGAAGUUUCUUGCAGCUAUCCCAGAAGUGUGUGACGUCACAUUUUUAGUCGGGGAAACACGGGAACCAGUGUGUGCAGUUAAGGCAAUACUCGCGGCUAGAAGCCGAGUAUUUUAUAAAAUGUUAUAUGACACGAAUGGCAAGCAACUACAACACCAACAACACUCAGUUGGAGGCAGUUCAUCAAAACGCAGUGGAGGCUUAAUAAAACAAUUAUCUAGUGCUGCAAGUGGAAGUCAAAAUCCUCAACAACAAAAUAGGUUGAGAAUGUUAUUAAAACGAAGUUCAGAACCAUUGAUUCAACACAAUCAUCAACAACAGUAUCAAUCACGGCAACAACAAAAGUCACCACCGAAUAGGAACAGUAUUAAGAACAAUAGUAAAAUGGUGACUGCCGGAUCCAACGUCUCGACAUCUUGGUCGAAGUAUAAAAGAGGAAGUUCUGUCGGAACUGCGGCAACAGCGAUAAGUAAUGUUGCGAGCGUAACAUCGCCGACAGUAAUAGUGAUUGAAGAAUUUGAUGCCGACGUGUUCCGACAGUUGGUGGAAUAUGUACACACUGGUUGUGUAACGUUACAACCACGGACGUUACUAGGCGUGUUGAAUGCGGCCGACUGUUAUGGACUGGACGAGCUGCGGGCCGCCUGUACGGGUUUCGCCGACACGGGCGGCGGCAUCACCGUGGACACAGCUUGUGCGCUGUUGGCGUCCGCUGAACGUUACAUCCACUACAAGUGCACCAAAUCGCUGGUGCAAAAAGUGCUCGAGUUUGUAGACGUAAAUGGCGAACGCGUACUCACACUUGGAUCAUUCACAUUAUUGCCGCAACACGUGGUCCGACUUAUAUUGUCACGGGACGAGUUACGAGCUAAUGAACUGACAAAAUUCCAGGCCGCGCUGAUGUGGGCGAAGAAAUUUGCCGCUGACGCUGCUGACAACAACAAAGCCGAUUCCGAAGAUGCAGAUUGGCGUUCUCUGUUUCGGGAACACUUUGCGCCCAUCAUUCAGUACCACAAGAUCGCGGCGAGUGUAAUUUUAGAAGAAAUCAUGCCGCUAGGCGUGGUUCCUGACCGGGACCUAUUGUCGGCGCUUGCUUAUCAGGCCGACCCGAACAGCGUGCGGCUGGACUCCAUCAAUGGUUCCGGCGACCGGGAUCAGUUGCGGUGCGGUCGGCGCCGGAUGCGGUCCAUGUCGGUGCAGAGCGGCGGUGCUGGCGGCGACGAGGACGACAUGCAGUCGGGCUACCAUCAGGUGAGCGUCGCAGUCGGCCCGUCGACCACGUCCACCGGCGGCGUCGGCCAUCAGCCGCCCGCCACGCCGACGCUGAGCAGCGGCGGCAGUGUUGGCAGCGCGGACGUCGCGGGCCCCAACAAUCAACGGCCUCCGCCGCCCAGACGCCGGCGGCGCACCUCGUCGUCCGCGCACCAACACCAGAGACAGCAAAAGCAGCACCAUCACCACCAUCACUAUCAUCCGCUCAACCGGCACAACCUGUCCUCGGACUCGACCAACAGCCGGAGUUGUUGUACGAGCGACGACGAAUCGGCGGACGACCUGACGUCGUCUUAAGUGCGGACGCGCGCGAAUUCGAAAUGCCCUUCGCCAACCGCCGCGACUUCUUCCCAAUCGCAAUACAGCCGCGGGGUUAUUGAAAAUGAAUCAUCCGAUGCACUUCGCUCAGUUUUCCCGGGUCACAGCGCCCGAUCUCGGGUCGUGUGACUACGGUUUGUUUUUUUUUUUUGGGGGGGGGGGGAUAUCUAUGGUUGAAUUCGGGUAUACCGCGAUGUGUACUACCAUUGAGUAUAUAUAUAUAGUAUACUGCAUAUACUCAAUGGUACUACGUAUACCGUGAACAGGAUAAACCUUAUAGUCAGUACGGUACGUACCAUCGUUACACUGCGGACCGCCGCAGAGGAACUAAGCAAAUGGCGGUCGAUUACCACGACGGAUGUGAGUGAAAAGAAUUUGAGUUCCGACCAAAUUAUGUUAUUCGGUCACACGUUCAUGGGAAUAUCCACAUGGAAUAUAUAUAUAUAUAUAUAUAUAUAUAGAUAUCUACCAUUAAAUAAAUAUUUGAAACAUUAUUAUUUUAUAUUUAAUAUAUCGCACAUACCUAUUACAUUAUUCUGAACCAACCGAAAAACUUAAAAUAUAUAAUGCAUUUUGAAUCGGAUGAAUCAUUUUGAAUAAUCCCGUAUUACCCUAACCCUAAAAAUUACUCGACUCUAACUAUACAUUCAUACUGAGUGGUUGUCGACGAUGUUAGAAUCUUUAGGACGUUACCCACUUUUUUUCCAUCAACAUUAUACCUCUCAUACAAUAUAAUCGAUAUUUUCUUAUAUUUUUCAUAUCUAUUUUAUCACUUAUAUUAUACCUAUAAAAAUGUUCAACUUAUGCGUGAUUAAUUAUGCAGUAAGCGUGGUAUUCGUAAAAACUCUUAAGGGAGUGAUUAUAUUAAAACAUAUUUAUCAAGUUGAAUAAAGCACACUCUACGAGCUUGACUCACAAUCGAAUAAUUUUUUUUGUUUAGGUAUAUAUAAAAUAACCAUUGGUUACAGAAAUAACACUUAAAAAAAU